GGACGGCACCACACCCUGCGUACGGCGGCCAUAUUGGAGGGAAGGCCGGUAUAGCCACCUGAGCUGGCCCGAACUGUCGUCAAAAACCACCGUGUGCUGCCUCUCUGAGGGAUUUCGGAGCCCGAUAUUUUGUGUUUGGAGUGGAUCUUUCCAACAGCGACGUCGCGCGCCAAGCGGCUAUUUUGCAACCGAACGGACGACAAGGAUUUCUGACAGGAUUUUUCACUAGGACAGCGCUCUAAAUACCACCGAGAUGCCGAAAACAGUGAAUGUACGAGUGACGACGAUGGACGCUGAGCUGGAGUUUGCCAUCCAGACAAACACCACCGGCAAACAGCUCUUCGACCAGGUUGUGAAGACCAUCGGUCUGCGAGAGAUCUGGUUCUUUGGUCUGCAGUACGUGGACAGUAAGGGCUACAGCACCUGGCUCAAGCUCAACAAAAAGGUGAUGUCCCAGGAUGUGCGUAAGGAGAACCCGCUACAGUUCAAGUUCAGGGCCAAGUUCUACCCUGAAGACGUGUCCGAGGAGCUCAUCCAGGAAAUCACACAGCGGCUGUUUUUCUUGCAAGUGAAGGACGCUAUCCUGACUGACGAGGUGUACUGCCCGCCGGAGACUUCGGUGCUGCUGGCGUCCUACGCUGUCCAGGCCAAGUACGGAGACCACAGCAGGGACGUCCACAAGCCGGGAUUCCUCGCCAAUGACAGACUCCUACCUCAGAGAGUAAUUGACCAGCACAAGAUGACACGAGAGCAGUGGGAGGAGAGGAUAACUAACUGGUACGCUGAGCACAACGGGAUGCUCAGGGAGGACGCCAUGAUGGAGUACCUGAAGAUUGCUCAGGACCUUGAGAUGUACGGAGUGAACUACUUCGAGAUCAAGAACAAGAAGGGCACGCAGCUGUGGCUCGGUGUGGACGCUCUCGGCCUCAACAUCUACGAGUACGACGACAAGGCUGGGGAUGCAGGGAAGUCACCGUCGACUGGUGGCAAAAGCAUGGCAAACUUGCUGACCCCGAAGAUUGGCUUCCCGUGGAGCGAGAUCAGAAACAUCUCCUUCAACGACAAGAAGUUUGUCAUCAAACCCAUCGACAAGAAGGCUCCGGACUUCCAGUUCUUUGCUCCGAGGCUGCGGAUCAACAAGCGUAUCUUGGCCCUGUGCAUGGGGAACCACGAGCUGUACAUGCGCAGGAGAAAGGCAGACACCAUCGAAGUCCAGCAGAUGAAGGCCCAGGCUCGCGAGGAGAAGCAUCAGAAACAGAUGGAGAGGGCUGAGUUGGCACGCCAGAAGACGUUGCGUGAGAGGGAAGAGAGGCAGCGUCUGGAGCUGGAGGAACGGCUGAAGAGGUUUGAGGAGGAGGCUCGCCAGCGGCAGCUCGAGCUGGAGAACAUGCAGACAGCAACCCAGAAGAUGAUGGAAGAGAAGAGUCGUGCGGAGGAGGAGGCGAGGGAACUGGAGCGGAAACGGAUCGAGGCUGAGCAGGAGAAGGCUCGUCUGGAGGAACUCGCCUCCAGGGAGGCUGCCGAGAAGGAAGAGAUCGCGCGGAUGCAGGCUGCCCUGGAGGAGGAGACGAGGCGUCUGGAACAGGAGCGGCAGGAGAAGGAGGAGGACUCCAAGAAGUGGCAGGCUGAGUUCCAGCGCGCGAUUGAGGAGCAGCAGGAGCUUGAGAAGAAGCUUGUUGAGGCGACGCAGACGUCGACGGCGCUCCACGUGGCCGAACAUGAGGACGAGCAGGAGAACUUCACCAGCCUCGACCUGGAGAACAACAAGGACAUCACCAACGCUGGCUCCGAGGAGGACCGCGUACCCUUCGCAGACAAGAACAAGAUGAUGAAGGACAAGCUCAAGGAGUUGGGAAAAGAGCUGGAGAUUGCGAAGGAUGAGAACAAGCUGACGCGUAACGACCAGCUGAACGCCGAGAACGUGAAAGCCGGCCGCGACAAGUACAAGACGCUGAAGCUCAUCCGCAUGGGGAACACCAAGCAGAGAAUCGACGAGUUCGAGGCUUUGUAAAAUUGUAGAUAACAAUCAGUAGAUAUGGUGGGUUGGUCCAGGGGGAGAAUGCAAAAUCUGUAGCCAUUCGAGCACACACCCACGCAUUUGUAUAGAGAUCACUUACAACCGCUUUCUAUCAAAGGAGAGUCCUGUCGAAACAAGUUAUAAUGUUCUUCAGGACAAACUUAAGAUUGCUGUUGUUCUUAAUCCUUGAGACGUGAAAGUGUAAGGAGCGGGUAACAUCUUUGAGGAAAAGGAAGGUCGUGUGGAGGUCGUUGCGUUUGCCUGCUUUCCAGUAGAGGAAAAUAAGGCGAGGGGCCAAAUGAAUUACGGUAUAGGUGUAUGCAAAUGAGGAGUAUGCAAAUGAGGUGUAUGCAAAUGAGGGCGUGGAGCAAAAAAUUCAGAAAAAAAACUACUAGUGCUGCCUUGAAUCCUAAUGAUAUGAAUUAAUAGUGACUACAGCGUUUUGGAAGCUGUGCUACUUAAUAAUAAGUAACAAUAGAAUGUUGUACAACUUGAGUCUUAGUAGAGAGAGAGAGAGAGAGAGAAUACUUUAAAAGCUGAUUUAGAAGGUCUAAGAGAGGAUUGUUUGCUAUAUUUCUUUAUAUAUUCCUAGCUUGUUGAUUUUCCUGUUUGCCUAGAAAACCAGACUAUGAAAGAAUAAUGAGGAUAUAUUUGCUGUAAGUUUAGAGUACGUUUUCCUGGGCGCAGUGUGUAUAAAUUAGCAUCAUUCUCUUCGUUAUUUAGUCCAUCCUCUGUUGCCUUAAUCUAUCCUCGAUUUACUUUUGUAAGCUAAUCGAUGAAAUAAUGAUAAUAAUGUUGUUUCUUGAUGGUAGCAUCUUGUGAUACUAAGGAUGAUUUGAUUCUGCUGUAGUUGUGAGGUUGACUUUAUUUUUCCUGUAGCUAGGUUCCCCUCCAUUUUUUACCGAUAACGAAUACACAUUACAUUUUUCUCUCUCCUUUCUAGUGGUGAAUUUGUAAGGUGGGGAAAAGGGUGUAUAAAAACUUGUGCAGUGUGAUGUGAACCUUACAUGUGUAUAUAAGCUUGCUCACGGUUUUCAAACUGCGCAUGCAUGAAGGCAAAGAUGAACUUGGAAACAAUUCUUGUCUGGACCAUGCUUGAUACAUGUACAGGCAUGUUUUGUUUACGUUUCAGGAGCCCUCUAAUCUCCAAGCAGAUCCUAGGGUGGCAAAUGGCAGUAUCAAAUUUGCCAGGCAGUAUCCGUUCGCCCUUGGCUGGCAUAUUAGACCCUCUCUGGCAAAUGGAUACUGCGAGGCCAAUUUGAUAUUGUUUUUUGCCACCCUAGGAUCUGCUUGGAGAUCUCUCCACUUUGACAUGUAACCCACAGAGCAUCACACAUGCGCAGUUCGAAACCGUGAGCCGGCUUAUUCCAGGCUUGUAGGCUGGGGAUGAGGAGCGCAGGAUGCCUUAAGUCGCUCUCGAGUGUUGGUGUUGGUGUGUAGAAAGGACUGAACCUCUGUACUUAGUACCGCUGGGGAGCCAUUUGUACUCGCAGGCCAGUCUUAUAGCAAAAGGGUUAAGGCCCGUUUCCACUGUACGGAGAUCCUUGGGCAACCGACGAGCAACCAAAAACCUUCCAAAGAUCAAUGGAAGAUAUCAUAGGUCUUUGAAAGGCCUUGGAGGUUAUUAAAAGAUCAAUAUAAGACCUUGUAGACCUUGGAAAGAUCUUUGAAGAUCGUUGAGAUCAGUUGGAACAACUUUGAGUGUUCACUGAGCAACCUGCGAAGAAAGUUUUGGAUACAUCAGUGCAGCUUAGACAUCCAGGCAAUAAUAUAUGCCAAAAAACAGUUACUUAAGCAACUGGAUAUGGUUUUGGAUGCUCGUCGGUGUUGCUCGUGUGGUUUCCCCACUUCAGGCGAGGUUGAUUUUCCGUUCUUGUACCUACCCACCAGGUCCGGACAAUGGUGUGAGCUGCAGACUAAGACUAAGUCAGCCAGGAGAGUGGUCUGACCUGUGGAGGCAAACUGCACGUAGCGGUUCUUUCCGUUUUUAUUCAACUAUUGCGAUGCCAAUUAUACACGUGGAGCACUAGGGAGGCAUAAAAUUCAGCUGGUGCUGUGCUCCACACAUUACAUAACAAAAAAUUUAGACACAGGCAAAAAUUACAUGAAAUACAUACAAAAUAGCUGUACAAUUAAAACAGUGGCGUUAUGAAAAACUACUACCUAAAUGGUCAACAGGUGUGGUUAUGGUUGCAUGAGAGAGAAGCUUUUUGGAGUGUUAUGGUUAAGAUGAAUUUUUCUAGCCUCCACCAGGCCUUCCAAAGGGGUUAUCGGUGGUAGAAUUUAGCAAAAGCAGGGUGAAUAACUGGCCAGGAGAGUAAGUUCACAACAAGGGUUACAAUUCCACCUAACGGCGUGGCCAAACUACCCUGGCAAGUUAUUUUCCCAGUUCGGCUAAAUUUUGUUAUAUUUCAGCCCCUUUUGUUAGUCUGGUGAAGGCUUGAAUUUCCCUGUUUAUUUCUGAUUGGGACCAAACAUGGCUGGUUGAGUAGAAUGACUCCCCAGUGUCUGAGUGAAACAUGUUUUUGUGCAUCUUUGUACCUGAACGAUUAAGUCCCCAACACCAGAAAGUCUAGGGUGGGUGGUGGGUGUCUAAAUUAACAUUGUCGAAAGCACAAGAAACAGCAAAGGAUGGUUUUUUGAUCAUUUAUAGUCGCAAAUUUGGGUAAAUUUGGUGCUGCCUGGUGUCCAUGUAUACACAAGUAGCCUGCAAAAUAAGUAAUUAUACAUUCAAGUUGUGUUGUUCACAUCCAUUGUAUUCUUUCUUCAUGUAGCUACAGUAGAUAUUUCUUUGUGCACUCUUGUUAGAAUUAUACUUUUGUCUCCUUUUUCCCGAGUUAUUUAAAGGUCCUAUAGUUGAUAUUGAAGAAUGAUGAAAGUAUUAAAAAAGCACUCACUACUACUUAAUAAGUAAGUCUGCAAGAGGAUAAUUCUGAUGUUUUCUAGGUAGCAUAUUUUUGGAUCAUUCGUCGCACAUGUAUCCAUUGGUUGGGGUAAUAAAAAAUCCUUCUGAUUGUA